GACUUCUCGCGAGAGGUGAGCGCGCCUGGCCGGACGGGAGGAAAGUAUCUGCUCCGCUGAGGGGGGAAAGAAGGAGCUGGAGACAGAUUGUGGGACCGAGCGCGGGCGGGCGGGAGGUGACGGAGCUAUCAGCGGCUCUGCUCUGCUAUAUGAAAUAUGGGAGACGACAGACCGUUUGUGUGCAAUGCCCCGGGCUGUGGACAGAGAUUUACAAACGAGGACCACCUGGCAGUUCAUAAACACAAGCAUGAGAUGACAUUGAAAUUUGGCCCAGCUCGAACUGACUCAGUCAUCAUUGCAGAUCAGACUCCUACUCCAACUAGAUUCCUGAAGAACUGUGAGGAGGUGGGGCUCUUCAAUGAACUAGCUAGCUCCUUUGAACAUGAAUUCAAGAAAGCUGCAGAUGAGGAUGAAAAAAAGGCUUCUGCUGGGCCCCUUGACAUGUCUCUGCCUUCCACACCAGACGUCAAAAUCAAAGAAGAAGAGCCCGUGGAGGUAGACUCAUCCCCACCUGACAGCCCUGCCUCUAGCCCUUGUUCCCCGCCACUGAAGGAGAAGGAGGUUGCCCCAAAGCCUGUUGUGAUCUCUACCCCCACGCCCACCAUUGUACGUCCUGGUUCCCUGCCUCUCCACUUGGGGUAUGAUCCACUUCAUCCAACCCUUCCCUCCCCAACCUCUGUCAUCACACAGGCUCCACCAUCCAACAGGCAAAUGGGGUCUCCCACUGGCUCCCUCCCUCUUGUUAUGCAUCUUGCUAAUGGACAGACCAUGCCUGUGCUGCCAGGGCCUCCAGUACAGAUGCCUUCUGUUAUAUCGCUGGCCAGACCUGUGUCCAUGGUGCCCAACAUUCCUGGUAUCCCUGGCCCACCAGUUAACAGCAGUGGCUCCAUUUCUCCCUCUGGCCACCCAAUACCAUCAGAAGCCAAGAUGAGGCUAAAAGCCACCCUAACCCACCAAGUCUCCUCAAUUAAUGGUGGUUGUGGAAUGGUGGUGGGUACUGCCAGCACCAUGGUGACAGCCCGUCCAGAGCAGAGCCAGAUCCUCAUCCAGCACCCUGAUGCCCCUUCCCCUGCCCAGCCACAGGUAUCACCAGCCCAGCCCACCCCUAGUACUGGGGGGCGACGGCGGCGCACUGUGGAUGAAGAUCCAGAUGAGCGACGACAGCGCUUUCUGGAGCGCAACCGGGCUGCAGCCUCCCGCUGCCGCCAAAAGCGGAAGCUAUGGGUGUCCUCCCUAGAGAAGAAAGCAGAGGAACUUACUUCUCAGAACAUUCAGCUCAGUAAUGAAGUCACAUUACUACGCAAUGAGGUGGCUCAGUUGAAACAGCUACUGUUAGCUCAUAAAGACUGCCCAGUAACUGCACUACAGAAAAAGACUCAAGGCUAUUUAGAAAGCCCCAAGGAAAGCUCAGAGCCAACGGGUUCUCCAGCCCCUGUGAUUCAGCACAGCUCAGCAACAGUCCCUAGCAAUGGCCUCAGUGUUCGCUCUGCAGCUGAAGCUGUAGCCACCUCGGUCCUCACUCAGAUGGCCAGCCAAAGGACAGAAGUGAGCAUGCCGAUACAGUCGCAUGUGAUCAUGACCCCACAGUCCCAGUCUGCGGGCAGAUGAUGCCUCCCCUGGUGGAGAGGUCCCCAGCCAGAGCUCGCCCGCCCAGGAGCCAAGAGAGAUGUCAUCUAAUCCCCUUCCAUCUGCCUUGGAUGUGGCAAUGUGUGGGGGGUGAAAUUGUGUGUUGUGAGUAAUGGACAUACGUCGAGCUUUUCUCUUCAGCCACAUGGUCAUGUACGUUUCACACCUGUACUGGGGGCCUCCAAGCCCCAGAGCCUCAUAGAUCAUCCCCCAAGGGUGGGGUUUCUCAUGUACCCACAGCCAAAGGCCUUUCCAGAUGGUCCGAACAAUCACCCUACCCCAUGCACGUGUAUCUCUCUCUUUUAACACUAACCCUUGCACUUCUAGGUUUGGGGUUUCUCAGUUCCCUCUCCUCCCACUAAGCCAUGGCUGUUACCUUCUUGUUCCUUACCAGCAUGCCACUUCCUGCCAGAUAGAGGGAGGCUAGAUUUGAUGGCAUAUCACCCACUGACCCAUCCCCAGCCACCCCAUGGACUCAGGACUUUGUCUCCCAGUAGCUGCUUAUUUAUCCCUUUUUCCCCUUCUUAAAUCCUAGUUAAAACAUUCACUUAUGGAGAAUGUAAGUUUACCUUUGAUGUAUGAAGUAGCAGUAUUUUCCAGCUCUUCUGUAAGCUUUAUUCCUUCUCCCUACCUACCACCAAAAAAAAGCAAAAAGAAGCAAACAAAACCCCAGGAGUUCUAGUUCUUCCUCAUCUAUUUCCAGAGCUAUUUGAGUACCUCAUUUUGUCUCUUGACUUUACCUGGUCUAGUGGUGGGGUCUUUCCUUAUCUUGUGGCCUUAUAUUAGAGAUUUCUUGAUAGGGAAAGAGUCCAGGGUCUGACUGGUUGAUUCCUUCUCCUCCCCUCCAUCUUCCUUCAGUUCUAAUCAUCAGAGUCAGGAGGAACAAUG